UAUCCUUACCAUCACAUGAGAAACGGAAGGACACUUAAACUGUAAGAAAACCAGUAGUGGCCAAGAGAUGGGAUGACAAGGGAAAAGAGGUGAAAUACACUCCUUAAGAGGGGAAAAGAAAAAGCCAAGAAUCCUGCAUCCUUGGCUGAGAAGCAGGGUAUGGGCCGAGGUCCUGGCCAGGAUGAAAUGAGAGAUGGGAACGACACCAUUCCAUCAACAAUGUCUUCUCUGUGACACGCUGUGCAGGACGCUGGCAAACACUGCUUUCCAACUGCAAAGCCGGCACAGGAUUGAGAAGCCCCAUCCCAGUGGAGACUUCCUGUGACUCUCACCACAGCAAAAGGAGGUAAGCACAGCGGGACAGAGGCCAUGCCCCCAGGGACAAAACCAUGGUUUGGAUUAUUGAAAUGGGGCUUCCUUGGAUGGUCAGUAUUAGAGGCAGUGGUGAAGCCUUGAUUUUCUGAUUCCAGACCCCGAGUCCUUUUCAUGGCAAAUGUCAAGCCACAUACUACCUUGUCCUCUGACCUUGACCUGGUUGUCCAAGGUCAGAAGUUUUCUCCAUGUCCCAUCCCAUUUUCUGACCAAUAUACUCCUUCUCCCCCUCCAAAAAAUCACUUGAUGGCUUCUUCUAGCCAAAAAUAACAUUGGUGGAAUACCAGAAUGGAAAGAGGAAGAGACAUGUGGAAAUGCAGCUGGGUUGAUAGCCUUGCAGCCUCUGGUGUAAUUGCUUUCAUCCUUGAUGAAGCAUCUUCACAGUGUGUUUGACCACGGAAGGAGAGCUAUUGUCAGGAUUCCCAUUUUGCAGCUGGGAGAACUGAGACAUAGAGGUAUUAAGCACUUCAUCCAGUGACGUGUAUCCUAAAGAUCAAGAGCCAGAUCUCAACCGUCUGAGUUUAUCUCCACGUCCCUCCAGGGGACAGAGCUCUGGUUGGACCCCCGGGAAGCCCUUCGGUUUCACUCCUUCCAUGCAUUCCCCUGUGAUCCCGGUCAAGCCUUGUCAGCCCUGGGCUUGAGCGCCUACUCUGUAAACUCAAGGACCAAAUCACCUGGUCUCUUAGAACAUUCUCGAACGUGGUUCACGAGACAGCAUACAACACAUCUUGAAGACCCUGAAAGUGCUCAGAUUUCCCCCCAGCAAAGAAACAUGAGAUGCCCUGGCCCUUGAAUUGUACACUUUUAGAGCAAAUAUCAUCCAGACUCUGCACUGUUUCUCAAGUACGAUCUAGGGAGUGAGCCAAUGCCAAUAGAUGGAAGAGAAGAUUUAUUUUUGUUUGUGAGAGUCACAGACCCUUCUUUCAGGCUCGAUGGGACCACGGGGAGGCCUGUGCAGGCCACAGCAUCUCUGCACAACGAGGUCAUGUCGCGCUCUCUCUGCUCGAGGCCUGGGAGGAUGCUUUUGAAAUGAAUCAGGAAAUUACUUAUCAAUCCGAGGCCCCAAAGAGCCAUGAGCCUUCCCCACUGCCAAAGGCAAGGGGAUUUCAAGAGAAAGCUCCACAUCUGUGCGCUCUAGAGUUCAAAGACUCCAGCUGUUGGAAGGUCUCACGAGCCAUAGCCAAAGAUGUUUGUCUUGCUCUAUGUUACAAGUUUUGCCAUUUGUGCAAGUGGACAACCUCGGGGUAAUCAGUUCAAAGGCGAUACCUACUCCCCGAGAUAUAUCUGUAGCAUUCCUGGCUUACCUGGACCUCCAGGCCCCCCUGGAGCAAAUGGUUCCCCUGGGCCCCAUGGUCGGAUCGGCCUUCCGGGACGAGAUGGUAGAGACGGCAGGAAAGGAGAAAAAGGUGAAAAGGGGGCUGCAGGUUUGAGAGGUAAGACUGGACCACUGGGCCUUGCUGGAGAGAAAGGGGACCAAGGAGAGACUGGGAAAAAAGGACCCAUGGGACCUGAGGGAGAGAAAGGAGAAGUAGGUCCUGUUGGGCCUCCUGGACCAAAGGGAGACAGAGGAGAGAAAGGGGAGCCGGGGCUGCCUGGUGUUUGUAGAUGUGGAAGCAUCGUUCUCAAAUCUGCUUUUUCUGUUGGCAUCACAACCAGCUACCCAGAAGAAAGGCUACCAAUCAUAUUUAACAAGGUCCUCUUCAAUGAGGGAGAGCAUUACAACCCUGCAACGGGGAAGUUCAUCUGUGCUUUCCCAGGAAUCUAUUACUUUUCUUAUGAUAUCACAUUGGCGAAUAAGCAUCUGGCAAUUGGGCUGGUACACAAUGGGCAGUACCGGAUAAAGACCUUUGAUGCCAACACAGGAAACCAUGAUGUGGCUUCAGGGUCCACAGUCAUUUAUCUUCAGCCAGAAGAUGAAGUCUGGCUGGAGAUCUUCUUCACUGACCAGAAUGGCCUCUUCUCAGACCCAGGUUGGGCAGACAGCUUGUUCUCCGGAUUUCUCCUGUACGUUGACACAGAUUAUCUAGAUUCCAUAUCAGAAGACGACGAGCUCUGAUCAGCACCGUUGGCCUGAAUGUCCCAGGAUCCUUGUGGCAGACACUUUGAUUUAAUCUGGGCCCUGCCAGGUGGAACAAGAAGAAAUGAGCUCCAAAAAGACUCCCACUCAGAUUCCAGAGCAUUUACAGUUAUAGCAGAAUCUAUUAAAGCAAGUUGGAACCACCAAACUGCUGAAAUCAUGCCAAAAUGAAUUUAUAAAACAAUAACCUCAGAUAUGUUUUCUCAAAAGUGAUGGUUCAUAAAUAUUUAAACAAAUUAAAGACAAUGUUACAAAUUUUCUAUUAAAUUCCUUGAGUGCUGAAACAAAGCUGGCAAUGAUAUUGUCUCAUUAAAUUUUUAUAAAGUUACAUUUUUGCCUGUUAUUUAAGAGAAGCAUAACAUACCACAAUCCUUGACAAUUCUCAAAAGGCUGUAGUACGUAAAAAUAAUAAUAAUAAUAAAGGUAAGAGAUGCCAAGAAAU